AUGAGAGAAACAAAGAGAUCCCCAUCCGCUGCUUCUGCCCUUGAUGAGAGUGCAACGGUGCAGGGACUUAGUAGAUUCAAACACUUUCAUAGUGCAAGUGCUCCCGAAUCUUUAGGAGUAGAUAAACUUGAGUACAAACCUAAGAAUACAUACAACGUUAGACCAAAAACUACAAUACAACCUCAAAAAUUAAAGAUACCUAAGGAAUUACAACAAUUUAAUCAUUUAGACCCAUCUAGAAACACAAGUACAAAGAAGAGAGAAACUAGUACUACAACAACAAAAAGAGCAUCAGCACAAGAAAAAUCAAGAAAAACAUUGGAAGAAAGACCACCAAAACAAGCCAAAUAUACUACCAGUGUCAGUAGAUUGUCUGAAUUGAACUCUUUGAAUGUUAGUGCUAGAAUCGGAGCCCUCAAACAAAUGGAUGUUGAAGAAGGAACAAUUGAUGUAGCUAGUUACCCAAGACUUUUAAUUAUUAACAAGGAAUUUUCGGAAGAGGAAAAGGAUAUCAUCAUGAGUGGACAAGAGAUUGAAAGCAAGAGCAAAUUUCUACCAUUAGAAUUGUUUGAUGACGAAGAAAUAUUUGAAAAAUUCACUAUUGAAGAUCUUCUUUCGAAUAGCUACAUUGUACAGUCUAAGUUUUAUACUGGCGCCAAAUCAGCUUAUGAAAAAUCUUAUAAGUGGGCUCGUUGCAGAGUUCUUGAAUAUAAUCCUGAUGAAAGAAGUUUCCUUAUUGAAUGGUUAGAUUCUCCAAACACAACUGGAUAUGAAAUUACAACAACUGAUGAAAACAAUGACUCUCCAACCACUACUAAUGGCAGAAAACAAAAAUGGGUAAAAAGAUUGAAUUUAUUAGUUCAUGGAGAUGAAACUUUUGAAUUGAGAAUAAGAUUUGCACAAAUGAGAAGAAAAAAGUUUGAAGAGAAAAUGUUUUAUUAUCUUCAAAUUGACAAGACUAUUACUGAUGACUUGAUAGAUAUUACCCCUUUUGAAAAACAAAUUUAUGAAAAAAUUUUGAAGCUUGUUGCAAAUGAAUCCCAAUUCCUUUCUAGGCAUGUUCCAGUCAUUGAAAAAUAUGUUGAUGAAGCAAAAGAGCAUUACAAAAUUUCAAUGAAAGAGGCUAUAUUUUUGUAUUAUCUGAACAGUAGAGAAGAAUAUGAAAAGUAUGAAAAAUAUUUAUGGUGCAAAGAAGAGCUAAGGAAAAAUAAUAUGACAGCACCAUGUUCUGGUGUUAUUGAGGUACCAGCCUAUAACUAUCAAGCCAUUCACGAUAUUAUUGAACAAAAUAUCUUUUAUACUCACCUUGAUUUGAUAACAGCAAUGCAUAAUAUUCACUCUCAAUUAUUUAUUUUGCUUAAAAGCUUAAAGGAAGAUGGAAAGAGUAUGGACUUGAUUACAACACAAAAAUGUGAUACUCCUUGUGAGUUAGGAUCAUUUUUGGAGCUCCAAAGAGAUACAUUACAAUUAUCCAUGAAAAGAAUUAAGGAAGAUUGGUGCCAAAAAGUUAUUUCGAUAGUGCAAAAUGAUCUUGAUAGAUUUUUCAACUUUUUCGAAGAUGAUAUUGAAAGAUUCGAAAGCUCUAGAAUGAAGAAGUUCUUGAGAUUGACCAAUUUCGUUCUUUCAGCUCAGUUAAGAGAUUAUGUUUUUGAUGAACUUCACAAGUUGAGAGACUUUAUAAUACCUUAUAGAUACAGAGGAUCGGAUCAUUUUGAUGCCAAUGAAGUUUCUGGAUUUGAACCUUUAUUUAUUAUCAAGAUUGUGGAGAAAAUUGAAAAUGGAGAAUCUAAGAUUGCAUUCGAUCCUCCACUCGAAUCUGUAUUAGAUGGCUUACGACAAAUAUUUUAUGGAGUGCUGGAGGAAACCAAUUUUAUUCCAGGUAUAGGAGAGACUCUCUUCCCAUUAUUGACUCUUAAGCCAGAACAAUAUUGUAUAAAUAACUUAGAACUAAGAUUAGAAAAAGACACAAAAGGUUUAUGGAAAGAUAUUCAAGAAGUAAUUACUUCCAACUUUAGAGAACCAGAAAUGUUGCUCUCCUUAUAUAAGGGAUAUGAACAUUGCUUAAAGUUGGAUCCAGUCGCGUUUGCUACAGAAUUUUAUAAUGAACAUGUUGGCAAAACAGAAAUGUCAAAACUUCUUUCAAUCUUUAGAGAAGAAUUGGCAAGACUUAAAAGUGAUUCAGAAGAAGUGUAUAACAUUUCAACUGAUAAUGUCAAUUUCAACUUAUUGCGAGUAGAUUGCAGUGGUAUCAAAAACUCACUAUAUUUGAGAACCGAUGGUACUGCAAAAGAGUUGAUGAAAUUAAUAUCAAAAUGGAGUACUGAAGAGAGUAGUAAAAUUACUCAAUCUUUCCGAGAUGUAUAUAGCAAAGUUCAAAUCAUACCUCAAACUGCUGAAGAACUGGACUCUUUAAAGAAGUACUUAACAGAUUGCACAAAGGAAAUUGAAAGAUUACAAUCUCAAUUCGCAACAGUCAAAUCAAGUGUCCAUUUACUCUCAGAUUUUUCAUUCAACCUCGACAUGGAUGAUUUUACAGUAUUUGUAGAUACUCAUUCAUGGCCAAAGAAGGUUUAUGGACUUCUUGAGGAUAGUACUAUUAGACUUGAAGAAGACAAGAGAAAAUUCAUGGAUGAAUUACAAAGAGAUAUCAAUAAUCUUCUCAGCAACUUGGAUUUAUAUGAAAAGAUUAUUGAACGAUUUGCUGUUUUCGAUGAUUUAGAAAAGACAGACCAAUACUAUGAAAAGGUAAAGGAUAUGGAAUCUAAAUUGGAGGAAGCAAAGAAAAAUUCCGAAUUGUAUAAUAAUCGUGAAAGAAUGUUUAAUAUGAACACAACAGAAUUUUCCAAACUGAAGGACUUGGAGAAGAACUUUAAACCUUACUUUGACUUAUGGAGAAUUGCUUAUGAAAAGGCACAAAACUUUCCAAAAUGGAAUGAAGGCACAUUCAUGAAUUUGGAUGCCAAGUUUAUUGAUGAAUCAUUAAGUAUGUGGCAAUCUACAUUGAAAAAUUUAGAAAAGAACUUGCAACCAAAGGACGAAACUGCAAGAAUUAUUACAAGACAAGUGAAGAAGGAGGUUGUAGCAUUCUUACUUCACAUGCCACUUAUCAAUGCCUUGAGAAAGGAUGGUCUUAGACAAAGACAUUGGCAGAAAAUUGCAAAACUUCCACUUGAAUUUGGAAAAUCCACAGCCCAAUUGGAUAUUGAAAGUAUUAAUAUCAUGAACUUGGGAGACUUUACAAAGAUUGGUUUCGAAGAAAAACCAAUUUUAGAAAAGAUUAUUGAUAUUUCUACAUUGGCCGAGAAAGAAGCAGAAAUUUCAAAGAACCUCGAAAAAAUGUACUCUGCUUGGAAGAAUGUCAAUUUCCAUCUUGAGAAAUACGGUAUUACAUACAAACUUGUUGAAUUGGAUGAAUUACAAGUCCUUCUCGAUGAACAAAUUGUUUUAACUCAAGGUAUGAGAGCUUCUCCUUACGUAAAGGAACUUGAGACUGAAGUUAUUGCUUGGGAAAACAAAUUAUUAGAAAGACAAGAUAUAAUGACCGAAUGGAUUAAGUGUCAAGUUGCUUACUUGUAUUUGGAACCAAUCUUCAGUUCUCAAGAUAUAUCAGCACAGCUUCCUGAUGAAGCAACCAAAUUCGGUAUGGUUGACAAAAUGUGGAAGAAUGUUAUGGAAGUUACCAAUAAGGUCAAAGUUGUCGCUCAAGUUGUUUCUGAUGAAAAUAUGAGAGAUAACUUUGAAACAGCCAACAAGAGAUUGGAGCAAAUCCAUUUUGGUUUGAAACAAUAUUUGGAAACCAAAAGAAGAGCCUUCCCAAGAUUUUACUUUUUAUCAGAUGAUGAAUUGUUGGAAAUCCUUUCUGAAACUAAGGAUCCACUCAGAGUUCAACCCCACUUGAAAAAGUGUUUCGAAGGUAUUGAAAGGUUAGAGUUUGACAAGGAAGGAAAAAUCGUUGCCAUGCUCAGUAAACAAGGUGAGCGUAUUCCAUUCCAAAAGCAUGUAAUACCAGCAGAAAAGAAUGGCAGAGUUGAGUUGUGGUUGUUAGAAAUUGAAAAUGAAAUGAAGGGUAGUUUGAGACACUCUAUUGAACAAUCCAUCAAUGCAUAUGCUGCUAUUGCUGGUAAUAUUGACAAGAGAGGUCAAUGGAUUCUUGCAUGGCCUGGUCAAGUGGUAUUGACUGUAAGUCAACUUUUCUGGACAAGAGAAGUAGAAGAAUCUAUCAAAGCACAAGGUGUUAAAGGAGUUCAAAGAUAUUACUCCAAGAUGACCAAACAACAAAAAUCUCUUAUUGAACUUGUAAGAGGAGAAAAUUUAACUGCUUUGCAAAGUAUCACACUUGGUGCAAUGGUCGUUAUUGAUGUUCACGCAAGAGAUGUUGUUGCUGGUUUGGUGAAAGAGGCAGUCGGAGAUAUUUCAGACUUUGAAUGGCAAAGUCAGCUCAGAUAUUAUUGGGAAGAUGUUAAAGAUAUCAAGGAUGGAAAGAAUCAAAACCAAAUUGUUGUUAGACAAGUUACUGCUGAAAUUAACUAUGGAUACGAAUAUUUGGGUAAUCAAGAAAGACUUGUCAUUACACCUCUUACUGACAGAUGCUACAGAACACUUACAGGUGCUCUCCAAUUAUUUAAGGGCGGUGCUCCUGAGGGUCCUGCUGGUACAGGUAAAACUGAAACUACAAAAGAUUUGGCUAAGGCUAUCGCUAAACAUUGUGUAGUUUACAACUGUUCAGAUGAUCUUACCUAUGAGUCUAUGGCUCAAUUCUUUAGAGGUUUGGCAUCAAGUGGUGCUUGGUCAUGUUUUGACGAAUUUAACAGAAUUGAAUUGGAUGUCCUUUCUGUUGUUGCCCAACAAAUUCAAACUAUCCAACUUGCUGUAGCUAGUAGAGCCACCAGAUUCUUCUUUGAAAAUAUGGAAAUUAACAUGAAUCCAACUUGUGCUAUUUUCAUUACAAUGAAUCCUGGUUAUGCUGGAAGAUCUGAACUUCCUGAUAACUUGAAAGCUCUCUUCCGUCCAGUCGCUAUGAUGGUUCCUGAUUAUGCCUUGAUUGCAGAAAUUUCAUUGUUUUCUUAUGGAUUUUUGGAAGGUCGUAAACUGGCUAGAAAGAUUGUUUCUACUUAUAGAUUAUGUAGUGAACAAUUGUCAUCCCAAGAUCACUACGAUUAUGGUAUGAGAGCUGUUAAAGCAGUAUUGGUAAGAGCAGGUUCAUUAAAGAGACAAUUUCCAGAUCUUAACGAAGAACAACUCAUGUUAAGAGCAUUGAAUGACGUAAAUCUUCCAAAAUUCGUUUCUGCUGAUAUCCCAUUGUUCAACGGUAUCAUCAAGGAUUUGUUCCCAACUACAGAACAUCAAAAGGUUGACUACUCUGCUCUUGAAAACGCCCUUAUUCAAACAUGUGCUGAAAUGAAUCUUCAACCUGUUCCUUACUUUAUUCAAAAGAUUAUCCAACUUUAUGAAAUGAUUAUUGUAAGACACGGUUUGAUGCUUGUAGGUUUCCCAAUGUCAGGUAAAACAGCUUCCUAUAUUGUUUUAAAGUCUGCUUUGGAGAAAUUAGGAGAAAAGAUCAAUCUAAGAGUCUUAUCACCAAAGGCAGUUUACGGUGGAAAUCUAUACGGUUAUAGAGAUACAAAGACCAAAGACUGGAAAGAUGGUGUUCUUGCUCUUCACUUCCAAAAGUUGAGUACACUUGCAGAAAAGGAAAGAAAAUGGCUCAUGUGUGACGGUCCUGUUGAUGCUAUUUGGAUCGAAUCUAUGAACACAGUUUUGGAUGACAACAAGAAGCUUUGUUUAACAUCUGGUCAAAUUAUCAAAAUGGGUGAAAACAUGAACAUGAUGUUUGAAGUCCAAGAUUUAGCUGCUGCUUCGCCUGCAACAGUUUCCAGAUGUGGUAUGGUUUAUUUGGAAGCCGAAAAGCUUGGUUCUUGGGAGCCUUACCUAGCAAGUUGGCUGAGCAGUAAGGAAUUCCCUCAAGCUCUUAGAGAAUCAAAAGAUUUUGAAGAAGUGACAGAAUUAUUUAAAACAUUAUUCUCCACUUUCAUUCCUCCUGCUAUCAAAAUUUUCAAGUCUCACUUUAUGGCCAAAGCAUAUGUUAGAGUUAAAAGUGAUGCCAUGUUGGUGAAUUCAUUGAUUAACAUUUUGCAAAGCUUGAUGGAUGAAUUUGCAGAUCCAAAAGUGAUCCAAAAUUACAUUAAGGACAAGUCAAUUAUUCUUGAAUGCCUUUUCCAAUUUGCUUUAAUUUGGUCAGUUGGUAUUGUUUCUGUUGAUAGAGUUAAAUUUGAUCAACUUUACAGAAACAUGCUGGAAGAAAGGGCAAGAAAUAAGGUCUACAAAUUCCAAAUACCAAUGCCAGAAAAGCCAAACACACUCGUUUUCGACUUUGUGUUUGACAAGAAGAGUAGAAAAUGGGUUGAAUGGACUGCCUCAGAAUAUGCUCCUAAAUUUGCUGUUUCACCAACAGAAGAAUUUAGAAAUAUUAUUGUCCCAACAAUGGACACUAUUAGAUUCCAAUUCAUUCUUAAAACACUUCUCGACCACGGUAAGCAACCAUUAUUUGUUGGCCCAACAGGUACUGGUAAAAGUGAAUAUGUAAAACAAUUUUUACUUAAACUUGGAGCUGGUUCAAGUGAAGAAAAGGAACAAAAUAACGAACCAAAGUCAAACUUCCUUCCUGCCUUUAUCAAUUUUUCAGCCACCACUACACCAAGUCUUAUUCAAGAUAUUUUGGAAUCCAAGCUCACAAGAAGAAAGCAAGGAUAUAUUGGUCCACCAAUAGGAAAGAAGACAAUUAUUUUUGUCGAUGACCUUAACUUGCCAACAUUGGAUGAUUAUGGUGCACAACCAACCAUUGAAUUAUUGAGAGAAUGGCAAGACAGAGGAGGCUGGCAUGAAAAAUUCAGCAAGCAAGCAGCCUUUACACACGUAGUUGAUGUAUUGUUUGUUUGUGCUAUGGGUCCUCCUGGAGGUGGUAGAAACGAAGUAACUCCAAGAUUUAUUCGUCACUUCAAUGUUAUUGGUCUUACCUCAUUUGACAACCAAACAUUGACCACCAUUUUCUCAGAUAUUAUGGAUUGGUUCCUCUCAUCCAAUAGCAUUAAUACUAUCAGUAAGAUUUUGGCUAGACAAAUCGUUGUUGGAUCCAUCAAUUUAUUUAAUAAUGUAAUUGAGCAAUUCAGACCAACACCAGAAAAAUCUCACUAUACUUUUAACUUGAGAGAUUUAUCAAAGAUUUUCCAAGGUGUUUGCAGUGUUGGUCCAAGACUUGAUGGAUCAGAAUUGGAGAAGGUAUCUCUAGUCAAGAUUUGGGCCCAUGAGGCCACAAGAGUUUUCCACGAUAGAUUGAUUAAUGAGCAAGACAGAGAGAGUUUCUACCAAUUACUUGAUAAGGAACUUCAAAUUGGUGAAAUCAAAUAUAUCAUUGAAGAAACACCUUUUGACUAUAGAAAUACUCUCUUCACUUCUUUAACUCAUGAUUCUUGCGAAAGAUUCAAGGAAGUUGUCUUGAACAAGACCUCCAAUAAUCCAAAGGUUGCUGAUAUUUCCAAACUACAUAAUAUCUUGUCAUCUAAAUUGGAAAUUUACAAUGAUUCACACUCAAAGAUGGAUCUUGUAUUAUUCAACUUUGCUAUUGAACAUAUUGUUAGAAUUGUAAGAAUUAUAACUCAACCUGGUGGUAAUGCUCUCCUUAUUGGUGUGGGUGGCAGUGGUAGACAAAGUUUAACCAAACUAGCUGCUUUUGCUGCUGAAUACAAAUUGUUUGGUAUUCAAUUAACAAGAUCUUUCACUGUUUCUGAAUGGAAAGAUAAGAUGAAAGAAUUGUUGAUUAGUGUUGGUGGUGCCAAGAAAACUCAAACUGUCUUUUUAUUCAAUGAUAACCAAAUCAAGUAUCAAGAAUUUUUAGAAGAUAUUAGCAGUAUUCUUAACACUGGUGAAAUUCCUAACCUUUUCGAUAGAGAUGAAUAUAAGGAUAUUUGUGAAAGUCUGAGAGCACAUGCAAGAAAUGAAAACAAAGGACAAACACCAGAAGAAUUAUACAACUUCUUUGUUGAUAGAUGUAAAGAAUGUUUGCACAUUGUUCUUUGCAUGAGUCCAGUUGGUGAAAAUUUGAGAAAUUAUUUGAGAAUGUUCCCUUCAUUGGUAAAUUGUUGUAACAUUGAUUGGUUCAGCUCUUGGCCAGACCAAGCCCUUCAUGCUGUAGCUCAAAAGUUUAUCAAGAGCAUUAACGAAGUAACAGAUGAAGAAUUGGAUAAUAAUGUAGAAAUACCAAAGGAUGAUGCAUUCGAAAAAGAUUUUGACAAGUAUGUCGAUAUAUGUGCCUACUUCCACAAUAGUUCCACCGAGCUUUCUAAGCAAUUCUUAUUCAAGAUGAAGAGACAUAACUAUGUUACACCAACAACUUAUCUUGGUCUAUUGAAGAACUUCUCCUCACUUGUAAAAGAAAAGAGAACCGAGUUGCAAACUUUGAGAGGAAAAUUCGAGUUGGGUCUUCAAAGAAUUGCUGAAACCGAUAAGGAUGUUAAUGAAAUGCAAAAAGAAUUGGAAAUUUUGCAACCAAACUUGAUUGAACUUUCCAAACAAAAUGAAGAAUUAUCCAAGAAGAUUGAAAUUGAAUCUCAAAAUGCAAACGAGAAGGCUAAAAAGAUUGAAAUUGAACAAGAAGAAAUCAACGCACAAGUUGCUAAGAAUGAACAAGACAAGGUAUAUUGUAUGGAAGAAUUAGCUCAGGCUGAACCAAUUUGGAUUGAAGCCCAACAAAAGGUCAAAGAUAUCAGUACUGCCCAAAUUGCGGAAGUCAGAGGUAUGCAAGCUCCUCCAGAAGGUGUUAAAAUGGUCCUUAAAGCUAUCUGUAUUAUGAAGGGUGAAAAAGUUAAAACCAUUGAUGAUGGUCUUGGUAACAAGUCUAAAGAUUGGUGGGGUGCAUCCAAGGAAAUGAUGUCAAGAAAGGAUUUCUUAAAAUAUAUUAAGAAUUUUGAUAUGGGAGCAUUGAAUCAAGAAAUUGUUGGUACUCUUACACCUAUUUUGGCAGAAAUGGAUGUUGAAAAAAUCAAACGUUCCAGUGCUGCUGCCUUUGCCCUUAACGAAUGGUUGAAUGCCCUAGUUAAAUACUUUAGGGUUAACAGUGUUGUAGAACCAAAGAGACUUGCAUUGCAAGAAGCUGAACAAAAGUGUGCUGAAGCCGCCAGAUAUCUUGCUGAAAAGAAGAGGGAAUUGGCUGAAAUUCAAGGAAUGAUUGCACUCAAAGAAACUGAAAGAAAAGAAUGUGAAGCAAAGAAGAAUCAACUUGAACAUGAAUACCAACUUGUCAGUGUAAAGUUAGAAAGAGCUACAAAACUCAUUGGUUUAUUGGAAGGAGAAAAAUUGAGAUGGCAAGAAACAUUAGCUAAAAUUAUGGAACAACAAACAUGUAUUAAUGGAGACGUUAUUUUAGCCUCAGGUAUUAUUUCCUACCUUGGAGCCUUUACUUCUGAGUACAGAAGAAAGAUUCUCAAGAAGUGGUCCAACAAAUUGACCCAACAUGGUAUCAAAUUCUCAGAAAAUUUCACACUUUCAACAACUUUGGCUGAAUCUAUGGAAGUUAGAAAUUGGAUUAUCAAGGAAGGUUUACCAUCAGAUGACUUUUCAGUUGAAAAUGCUACUAUUGUCAAGAGAACUACCAAUAUUUGGCCACUGUUCAUUGAUCCACAAGGUCAAGCCAUGGCCUGGAUUAAGGAGAAGGAAAAACAACAAAAGAAAGAUGCUGAUUCCUUGUUAAUCAUUCAAAUGUCCAACCCCAGUCUUAUUAAGAGUUUGGAAAAGGCCAUUACUCAAGGAACUACAACUAUUGUUGAAGGUGUUGGAGAAGAAUUAGAUCCAGCAUUGGAACCACUCUUAACUCAAAGAACUUAUUACAUUGGAGGUGUAAAGUAUAUCAAUCUUAGUGAUACUCCAACAAUUUAUAAUGAUAACUUUAAACUCUAUUUGGUUACUAGUCUUUCAAACCCUCACUAUCUCCCUGAAGUUUCAACUAAAGUUCAAAUUAUUAACUUUAUGAUUACACCAAAUGGUUUGGAAGAGCAAUUGCUUGCUAUUGUUGUCAAGAUUGAAGAAAAGAAAUUGGAAAGUGAAAAGAACAAUUUGGCUGUACAGAAUGCUAAAUAUCAAGAACAAUUGAAGCAUUACCAAGAUAAGAUUUUGCAAUUGCUUCAAACCUCAAGAAAAAUUGAACAAAAACAAAUUGAAACAAAGAAGACUGAAAAGGAUAUUGAUACCAAGAGAAACCUUUACCGACCAGUUGCUGAAAAUGCAAGUACCUUAUUCUUUGCUAUUUGUGAAUUGCCAAACGUUGAUCCAAUGUAUCAAUAUAGUUUGAACUGGUACCAAGAUUUGUUUACCCAAUGUGUAGUUGAAUUGCCUCACGAAGAAAAUAGAUCCACCAUUCAAAAGAUUGAACAACUUAGAGACUUCUUUACUCAUCAAAUGUAUACCAGAGUAUGUAGAUCAUUGUUCCAGAAGGACAAGCUACUCUUCUCGUUAUUAUUGUGUAUUCAAUUGAUGAGAAAGAAGAGCUUGAUUGAUCAUGAAGAGUUGAAAUUCUUACUUACAGGUACUAGCUCUGUCGUCAACUCUGAUGAAACCACAAGAAAAUUGCCAGAAUGGAUCACUCAGAACAUGUACAAUGAGUUAUGUCAAAUUGAUGGAAUGUCAAGUGUCUUUAAGAACUUCAAACAAGAAUUUUUCAAUCACCUUGAAGCUUGGAAGAAGGUUUAUGAUUCAUCCAAGCCUAAUGAAGAACCAUAUCCAGAUAAAUGGAACAACCUCUCAAUAUUACAAAAGAUGAUGGUUCUUAGAAUUAUCAGACCAGACAAACUUCUUCCAGCAGUUGAAACCUUUGUGGAAAAGAAUAUGGAUAAGAGAUUUAUUGAGCCAAGUCAAUUCAAUUUGAAGGUUUCUUACAUGGAAUCUACUCCUGUAAAGCCACUCAUAUUUAUUUUGUCACCUGGUGUGGAUCCUAUGGAAAAUCUUCGUAAAUUUGCUGACCAAGAAGGUGUAGCCUUGAAGAGUUUGUCACUUGGUCAAGGUCAAGAAGAAUUUGCUAUUGAAAUGAUUAACCAAGGAAGCUUCCAAGGAAAUUGGGUUGUUUUACAAAACUGUCACGUUUUGCUUUCUUUCUUACCAAAGUUAGAAAAGAUCAUUGAUGAUUUCGCCAGAAAUGAAAAUAAGCUAGCUGCAAAUUAUAGAUUGUGGCUCACAAGUAUGCCUAGUGAAAAAUUCCCAGUCAGCGUACUUCAAAGAGGUGUAAAAAUUACUAAUGAGCCUCCUAAAGGUUUGAGAGCAAACCUCUUACAAUCUUGGAAUAGCGAUCCUAUCAAUGAUGCAAAAUACUUUACUGGUUGUAAGAAGAGUAGGGAAUUUAAGAAGUUAUUGUUCGGUUUGACAUUCUUCCAUUCCUUGGUUCAGGAGAGAAGAACAUUUGGUCCACUUGGUUGGAAUAUUAGAUAUGAAUUUAACGAUUCUGAUUUGAACAUCUCCUUGAAGCAACUUCAAAUGUUUUUGAAUGGAAAGGAUUCAAAUGUUCCUUUCAAGGCCCUUACCUAUUUAACUGGUGAAUGUAAUUAUGGUGGUAGAGUUACAGAUGACCAUGAUAGAAGAACUCUUAUGGCAAUUUUAUCUGACUUCUAUAAUGAGGAAAUUAUUGAGGAUGGUUACCAACUUUCACCUUCCGGUAUUUACACUGUUCCAAAUGGAGAUAAGAAACAUAGUGAAUAUAUUCAAACAAUCGAAAAAUUCCCAUCAAGCGAAACUCCAGAAGUAUUUGGUUUGCACGAAAACGCUACCAUUAGUAAGGAUCAAACUGAGUCUAAACUAAUGUUUGAUGCAUUACUUACCACUCAACAAAAUAGUGCUCCUGAAACCAAUGAUGAAGAUGACAUUAAUGAAAAUUCUCAUGAAACUGAAGUACUUUACGAAUUAGCAGCAGAUAUCUUGACUAAACUCCCUGACAACUUUAUUAUUGAAGGAGAUGGUGGCGCAGAGGCCAAGUUCAAGGUUGACUAUCACGAAAGUAUGAACACUGUAUUUGUACAAGAGUUAAUUAGAUUUAACAAACUUUUGAAUGCUAUUAGAAACAGUCUUCAACAAUUACAACUUGCAUUGAAAGGUCUCACAGUCAUGAGUAGUGAUUUGGAACAAUUGAGCAAGUCUCUUUCAAAUGGUAAGGUACCUCUUGUAUGGAGCAAGGCCAGUUAUCCUUCUAGAAAACCUCUCAGAACAUAUAUCCAAGAUUUGAUUAAGAGAAUUGAAUUCUUUAAUAAUUGGUUUAUUCAUGGUAAACCAUCAGUGUAUUGGUUGAGUGGUUUCUACUUUACCCAAUCAUUCUUGACAGGUGUAAAGCAAAACUUUGCCAGAAAGAAUAAGAUUGCUAUUGACCAAAUUGAUUUUGAAUUUGAAAUUUUGGACAAGUACUAUGAAGAAAACAUUUCCUUGCCAGAACCAGAAUGUGGUUGCUAUGUUUAUGGAUUGUUCUUGGAAGGUGCUGCUUGGGAUAGAAAGAAGAAGUGUUUGACAGAUCCAAGACCAAAACAAUUGUUUGAUGAAAUGCCAAUAAUUUGGUUCAAACCUGUAGAUCGUAGUGUUGAACAAACAGAACCAACAAGUUCAGAGGUUAAAACCAAAUCUAAUACCUAUGUUUCACCACUCUACAGAACUAGUGAAAGAAGAGGUACCCUCACCACAACUGGUCACUCGACUAACUUUGUGAUGAGUAUCAAGUUGCCAAUGGCCUCAGAUAAUAAUGAAAAGUAUUGGAUUAAGAGAGGAUGUGCCUUACUUUGCCAACUUGAUUAAUUUGUAUUAAAAUAAAACAUUAGAAAGAU